GCGCGUGUUGCAUGUUGUGUUACUUUUCAUGUGACAUUACUGAAGCAGAGACAUAACCUAUAAAUAUUAUUCUACACUCGCAUAUACCGUUUACCCAUUCUCUUGAUCUGAAUGAACUGUAUAUAAUGCAGUUACAUUUAACACAAGAAAAUGGCUUAAUGAACUACAAUUGACUUCUGCUAGGAUGUAAGAAUAACAUCGUAAUGUUCGUUUCUUCACACUUAUGAAGAUCCUGGAUUUAAUGGAAACUCUACUAUUCCCAAAAAAUAUUAGAUGCUGGAUCUUGAUCUUGGGAUGGACGGUGGUCAUCGUGACGUCAUGUCCGCCAGAUACGAAAUGCAAACGAUAUAUUUUGGAUGCGUCCAAGAACUUGAGAGUCGCGUGCUCUGGGGGCCUCCACGGCAAGUUCCUGACGGGUGUGAGGCGACAGGUACGAGAGCUGACACUUUGUCAUUGGCCCAACUCCAGCUUCGACCCUCAGAUCAUCCAGUUCCGUUUCCCGGAGCUGAGGAACCUGACGUUGAGGGACAGCGACGUCAGCCAGCUGAAGGAGUUCGGUGGUGAACUGAAGGAGCUGCAGGAGCUGAACGUGUCCGGCUUGAGGCUGGACUCAGUCGUGGACUCCACGUUCUCGCGGCUGAAGAAGCUCAGGGUUCUGGAUUUGCGAGGGAACAACUUGAAGCAGCUUGGGCACAGCGUUCUGGCCAGCCCACCGGCCCUGCGGGAGGUGUUCCUGUCUGGAAAUCCAUGGGACUGCAGCAAUGACCUCAUGUGGCUGGUUGACGAAGGCCGCAAUGAGUCUAUGGCACGCCGUGUGGUGGAUCGUGACAAGAUGAUAUGUAACAAUGAGACUUAUCCCAAGAAACCAGUACUGCCCAUUAUGGGCAUGCUCAAGACAUUACAGGCAGAGUGUCCGACAGUCCCACCAGCGAACUGUACUUGUCACAUGGACUAUGUGGCUCCAGACCCAGAUGGAGUUACAUUGCGGCCUGUCACCACCAUCAACUGCAGCUAUCGGGGCCUUGUCAGCCUGCCUGAGCGGCUGCCCUCAGUGACGACAACCCUUCUCGUGAAGGGAAAUCAGAUCUCAAGUCUGAAACCUUUGGUCAGCAACCCACACUACAGGGAUGUUUUGGAUGUGUUCCUGGAUGAUAACCAGAUUCAUUCUAUAGAAUCUCUUGAGGGUGCUGAUUGGUUGUUGAACUUCAGAGUGUUAAGCCUGAGAAACAACCAGCUAACUCAGGUGCUAACUUAUGCGCUAGAUAACGCUCUGCAGCGAAACCGGAAUGCUGCCAUCGUCUACCUAGGGAACAAUCCUUGGAUCUGUGAUUGCUUGUUUACUCCUACCUUCCAGGACUUCAUUAUCAAGUACAGAAAACUAGUCAAAGAUAUUGAUGAUGUGAGAUGUGCCUCUGUUCAUGGAGACGAGAACUCCUUAACUCAAAUCCAGGCUCUAUCCCGAAGCACUGUUUGCCGUGAACCCAGCGAGUAUUUAAUUCAACCAUUAGACUUAUUAAAUGGAAUAUUGGCUUCUCUAAUUGUUCUUGUGGUUGGGAAGCUCAUAUAUGAUUACUGGUCCUUCAAGAAGACUGGGAAACUCCCGUGGCUGGUAGCCAAGAUGCCGUGAGGAUUGGACAUCUUGCAUUCAAAGGAACUGUAGGGACCCUGGUGAGCCAUGACUCUGUCUGCAGCCAGUGUGUGCUUCCAUUCUCACUCUCCAUCUGCAAGUCCCCCAAAAAUGGCCUGUCUUUUUCCCCAAUUCUCAAUGUUCUGUGUUCCCUCUUGCAAGGAAGACAUAUGCUGUCCCUGAAAAGGCCUGUCUUUUUCUUACAGUUUUACCUUUUCCUCCUUUGCAGGUAAAACUUAAUGUGCCAGUGAAAAGGGCCAUUUUCCUAUGUACCAUUCCCUUUUUGCCCCAGAUGGGCUCCAUUUCUUUAUCCCCUGCCAUGGAUCUGAGUGACCUUACUUACAACCUGCUUCCUCACACUGCACACUUCAACCCUGAAGAUGGAGACAACGUGUUCAUGUGAAACGUUGGUAUCUGCCUACAAGGGACGCAUCAUAGUCAGAAGACUGCAGUGUUACCACGCUUAUUCUUGUUGUGUGUAAUGUUCCCUAAUAUGGUCUGUGUUGAUCUUCCCGGCCUCUUCCGACAUGAACAAGGACACAUAUUUGUAAGGUGGAGACAUCUGUGGCACAGAGCAUGUUACUCGCAGCGAUAACAUGAACUUGAGAAUGGUUGUAGGCAGAUUGGACCUACAGGUUAACUUGGACCUGGAACAAGGGUGGCUGUUGUCCUUUACAUUUGCAUAGUUUCAUCUUUGGCGUAGGUGGCUGCAGGCUUUGGCCUGUGAGCAGAGAAAUCUGUGCACAACUGUGACUUAGGAUCAGACCCAGAACCUUUUGAAUGAGAAUCGAUUGUGGUACCCUGGCCACUAAAUCCCCUGUACUUACUGUGCAGUUAUUCUUGUCAGAGGAAAGUAGUUAGCAGCAUGUGACCAAAAUGUUGAUGAAAAAACUUGGAUAUUAAAAUUGGUUACAAUUCUG